AAUGUGGGUGUAUAAAUACAAGCAUAAAUUGCCCCCAAACACACACCUAGACCAUUCACAUACAACAUUGUUCUUGCAUUUUCUUCUUCUUUGAGAAAUGGAGCAAGUUGAUGUUGUCAUCGUUGGAGCAGGUCCUUCUGGCAUAGCCACUUCUGCAUGCCUUAAUCGCCUCAAAAUCUCCAACAUUGUUAUCGAAAGAGAAGACUGCUAUGCUUCUCUAUGGAAGAAAAGAUCUUACGAUCGACUCAAGCUUCAUUUGGCCAAGCAAUACUGCCAGCUUCCUCACAUGCCUUUCCCUAAAGGCACCCCAACUUUUGUCCCCAAAAACGACUUCAUCCGAUACAUGGACAGCUACGUUGCUCGGUUCCAGGUGUCACCUCUCCUGAACCGACACGUGGAAUCUUCCUUCUACGACGACAACAUAUCUAAAUGGUCUGUUGUCGUUAAAAACAUGGUAACUGAAUCAUACGAAGUGUACUUUGCUAAAUUUCUUGUGGUGGCUACUGGGGAGAAUAACUAUGGCUAUAUUCCUCCAAUAGAGGGCUUAGACACUUUUCGUGGGAAAGUCAUACACUCCAGCCAGUAUGACUGUGGAAAGUGUUAUACUGAUAAAAGUGUUUUGGUCGUUGGUGCUGGAAACUCCGGCAUGGAGAUUGCCUUCGAUUUAUCAAAUUGGGGUGCUAACACUUCCAUCGUAGCACGGAGUCCGGUGCAUUUGCUAAGUGAGAAUAUUGUCAAACUGGGAAUGUUUCUAUUGAAAUUCAUGCCUAUCAAAAUUGUCGACGCUAUCGUUUCGGCUUUGGGUAGAUUAAAGCAUGGAAAUUUGUCUGAGUAUGGACUUCAAACACCAAAUAAAGGACCUUUCUUUCUUAAAGCAACAACUGGUCGAUCUCCAACCAUUGACGUUGGAUCUGUGGCAAAGAUUAAAUCAGCAGAAAUCAAGGUAUUUCCGUCCAUAACAAACGUUCAAGAAAACUGUGUUGAAUUUGAGAACCGCAAAACUCGUUGCUUUGAUGCCAUAAUCUUUGCCACUGGUUACAAAAGCACUGUCAGAAAUUGGCUUAAGGGUGGUGAAGAUCUGUUCAACGAAGAUGGAAUGCCUCGACAAAGGUUGCCCAAUGAGUAUUGGAAAGGCAAAAGUGGGAUUUACUGCGCUGGGUUCUCAUCAAGAGGAUUACUGGGCAUUUCACAAGAUGCACAGAAUAUUGCUCAAGAUAUCAGUUUUCAGAUGACUAUGCUAAACGGAGGGACUAAAUGAUAGGCAUUAUUCAUGUCCUUCAAUAAAUAAAAAUUAAAGUAAUAUGUAUCUGUUUUCCGCAAAAAAACCCAAUAUAAUAAAAUAAAAAAAGAAAAACGAUAUACAUAUAUUGAGCCUUUUGGAGCAGUUUAUUCAAGUUUGAA